AUGGGUUCACCGCCACUUGGAGCCGAGGAAAGGGUGGUCAUCGUCGGUGGCGGAAUAGUGGGAGCCAGCACCGCUUACCACCUGGCGCUUCGGGGAGUGAAGCCCAUCGUCAUCGAGCGCAGCAACGUCGCCGCCGCCGCCAGCGGCAAGGCCGGGGGUUUCCUGGCCGGCGGCUGGGGCAGCGGCCCGACGGUGCCCAUGCACGAGAUUAGCUUCGACAUGCACGAGAAGCUAGCGGAAACCCUGGGGGUCACGUCUUACCGCAAGAUCCCGACCCUCUCGGUGAAUGGAGGGCGGGGUGGGUCUUCGCCUGCGGCUUGGCUGGACGGGAAGGCCUCUGGCUCGCUGAUGGAUUCGGACACGGCUCAGGUGACUCCGUUGGAACUGACCACGAAACUCAUGGAUGCGGCUAAGGAGAAGGGGGCGGAGGUGCGGAUAGCCACGGUGUCGGGAGUGUCGAGCUCUCCCGCGGAGGUCGCGGACUUGGAUGGGGGUGCCGGGAAAGAGGAAGAUGGAGGGGAACGUCGCGUCACGGCCGUGGUGCUGGAAGACGGGGAGGAGAUUGCAUGCGACCGGGUGGUCGUGGCCAUGGGGCCGUGGUCCUGUCUGGCGGAGGAGUGGUUCGACAUUGCCGUUCCCAUGCAGGGGAUCAAGAGCACUAGCAUCGUUUUCAAGGGGUCUCAGCAGGUGGCUGAUGACCCUUACGCGCUGUUCUGCGCGGAGGACCGAAACGGUUGCCAUCUGGAGGUCUACCCGCGUCCCAACGGGGAGAUGUACCUUUGCGGCCUCGGAGGUUCCGACUAUGUGGACCCGCCCCGCCUAAAGGCAGGGGGUGACUGCGACAAGCCCGAGGUCAUCCAACCAGACCCGUCGCGGGUAACGGCAGCGACGAACUCGUUCAAGGGGAUGACGUCCAUCGGAAACGAAGGUCCCACAGUAACGCAGGCGUGCAUGCGGCCGUGCCCUCCGGAUGGGCUCCCCAUCAUGGGGGAGGUACCCGGCGUCCGCGGUGCGUACAUCAGCGCCGGCCACAACUGCUGGGGCAUCCUGUGGGGUCCCGUGACUGGCCUGUUGAUGUCGGAGUUGCUGGUCGACGGAAAGGCGACUACGGUGAACAUCGGCCCGUUCUCGCCGUCGAGGUUCCAGAGGAAGGCUUCCAGCAGGGGGAGGAGGAAAGGGGCGUCGGACCUCGUCGGGGAGCAGUGGUGACACCAACACGGGGGGGGGGGCGGUGGAAGAUGUUUCCCGCACUGAGUAUGUUCAGAUACCGCGAGUGCGCUGGUGUUGCGGACAAUUGUACCGGGUUGUAAAUGGUCGGGAUUUGGCACAAAGCUUCUGUGGGGAUUUAUAAACCUUGACUGGCGGUUUGGACUAGGUGGGGGUUAACCAGGACCGAACCCCCCCCUAUACAGGUAAUGUUGACGGAUAAUAAUGAUGAAAAUGAAGGAGGAUUUCAUAUUUUUUGGCUUGGCGCACUCGACCGGAGUCAGGGCUAGGGCUG